GGAAAACCCCGGCGGCCGCUGCGUUGUGCUACGCGUCGUGCGAUACUCUCCGUCGGCGAUGGCCCCGUUUCACCCCUAGGCAUAUAUAUUUAUAUAUAUGUAUAUACAUAUAUACAUACAUAUACAUAUAUAUAUACACACAUCUCGCCCACAUCGCCUCGCGUGACGUUCUCACCCCGGAUAUGCCGAGGCAUGCGCCGUAAAAAUCCCGGGAUUGAUGUAUCGCAGGACGCAGAUCUGCAUUUACUACCUGCUAUGCAUAGCAGCAGUGGACUUAACGUAUACCUCCGACCUGGAGAUUACUACGACAAGAAACCGGGACUGUCCGCCAGAAUGCAUUUGCCUUUCUCCGAAACAGGUGCUCUGCAAUACAGGCGGCCUCGAGGACAUCCCGGCGCACCAGCUGCAGGAGAGCGUGGAGGAGCUGUCGCUGACGAAGAACAACUUCCCGGUGAUAAAGGGCGACGCGUUCGCCGGCCUCCGGGUCCUACGUAAGCUCACCCUGGACGGCAACAACAUCUCCUCCAUACGGCCGUUCGCGUUCCGCGGCCUGAACCGGCUGCGCGAGCUCUCGAUCCAGCACACCCCGCUGCCGUGCAUCGAGAAGUUCUCGUUCGCCGCGCUGCAGAACAUCUCGGUGCUGCUGCUGGCGAACAACAAGAUCCGCUACGUCGAGGGCUACUCGUUCGCCGGCACGUCGAACGUGAAUGUCAUCCUGCUGACCAACAAUCCGCUGCUGACGAUCCACAGCCACGCGUUCGCCGGCCUCACCAACGUCAACAAUCUCAUCUUCCCGUCCGGCAUCCGCACGAUCGAGCAGGACGCCUUCAACGGCCUUCAGUACGUAGGCCAGCUCAAGCUCAGCUACAUGGACCUGUCUGGGUUGCAGGCCUACACCUUCCGCGGCCUCUCGCACGUGCAUUCCAUCUAUAUCCAGGAGAGCGACCUCGGCGUAGUGCAGAGGCACGCGUUCAUCGGCCUCUUGCACGUCGACCGCCUCAAUGUGCUCAACAACAAGGUCGACCUGAUUGAGCGUCUGCACCUGCGCCACGAAAACCACAUCGAGCUCCUGCGUUUCCACGGUAAUCACGUGCUGGAGGCGCCGCGCCACGCCAGGGACGUCGUCCUCGAGGUGGACACAGUCAGCGCGAUUGAUAAUCACUUCCCGUGCGACUGCCAGGCGCACAACGUCCUCGAGAGCGACUUCGCCCGCGGCAACAGCGUCGAGUUCCAACGCCGCAACUACUGCAUCUCGCCGUUCGAGUACAACGGCAAGCCCAUGAACGUCGUCGACUUCGACCUCGUCGCGCGAUGCCACGACAACGUGGUCCAGGACAACCUGGGCUCGGGCGUCGUCGGGGUAACCCGUCUCUCGGCGCUGCUGCUGAUCGUCUUCCUGUUCUCGACAAACCUCUUCCGAUGAGCGGACUUCCAGCCCUUCUGAUUCCUCGACGAUCAUUUCCGCGCUCGCUCCUAGAUGCUUCCAAGGCGACGAUGAGAGGACAACCGUAUAUUUACGUGCGCGCUUAUUAUUGUACCGCUUGUAACGAGAGGUCUUUCUUCCUUGCCAUUUUCCUCCGCCUAUACGGCGGAGUCUUCGUAGUCGAGUAAACUUUGUUACAAUUGUAAAGAAUUUUUGACGAAGCGAGAAGGCAUCUCGCACGAGUCGCAUUAGGUAUAUUAUCACCGUAGAGUGUCGUCUCGAUCGUCUGUAACUUGACGCGACAGGAAUUCUCAUUAGAAAGGAAAGAAUAGUCUCGCUAUUCGGAGUAGUCGACAAAAGACAAGCAGUAAACUUUAACUAGGUCUACAAAGUUAUAAUUAGUAAAUGAAAUUUCGAUCUGCGAUACCAAGGUGUAAAUUUGAUUCAUCUAAACGGUAGAAAUCUGACUUUCGAUCGACAAAUAGAAAACUAUUUUUAAUUUCUAACAUUGCAGAUUACCCAAGGAAAAUAAAAAGUCAAGAUGAUGU